UAAUAAUAAAUGCUAGUAAGAGUAUAGUACUCAAAACCAGAAAGUGCACAAGGUUUUGCAGGGGAAAAUGGAUGGAGGAAAACUGAUUUUGGUGUUGAGUUAUCUACAAUAUGUGUAUCCUCUAUUUAUCAUUUACCUCUUUUUUCUUCCAGUGCACAGAACUCCAUCUCCACACUUUGAUGUAUCAACUUCUUCAGUCAAGUAUUUGCCUGGCUUCGGUUUUCUUCCUUUUCAACUAGAUACUGGAUAUAUAGGAGUUGGUGAAGGUGAAGAAGUGCAGCUGUUUUAUUAUUUUGUGAAGUCAGAGUCGGAUCCUGAAACCGACCCGCUUAUACUAUGGAUAACCGGUGGACCUGGUUGCUCUUCACUUGAAGGAUUGACUAUGGAAUUUGGUCCUCUGCACUUUGAUGAUAUGGAGUAUAAUGGUAGUUUACCUACUCUAUCAUUGAAUACCCAUUCAUGGACCAAGGUGGCAAGCAUAAUCUUCCUAGAUUUGCCAGUGAAGACAGGAUUCUCUUAUGCAACAACUAAAAAGGCAAAUCAAACAGAUAAUUUACAAACUGGUGAACAUGCUUACCAAUUUCUUCAGAAGUGGUUGGCUAAUCAUUCAGAGUUCCUUCAAAAUCCAAUAUAUAUUGGGGGUGACUCGUACUCUGGGACAACUGUUCCAAUUGUUGUUCAAACUAUAUCAAAUGGGAAUGAUGCGAAGACCAAGCCAAUGAUUAAUCUCAAGGGUUACAUACUUGGAAAUCCUUUGACAAUUAAUCCAGAUGAAUUGAACUAUAGGAUCCCAUUUGCGCAUGGUAUGGGACUUUUAUCGGAUGACCUGUACAAGGCGUUAGUGUCCAACUGUAAAGGAGAAUAUCAGAAUAUAGCUACGAACAAUUCAGCUUGUUCUAAUAACGUUCGGACAUUCAAUAAGUUAUGCGAGGGAAUAAAUAAAGAACACAUUCUAGAGCCUCUUUGUGACAGUGUUUCGCUAAAGAGAUACAGAUCAGUUGGCCGCAAAACAUCUCUUUAUGCGAAGCUCCACAAACUCGAGAAUUCAAUGGUGCUUCCCGGAGUUAAAUGUCUUGAGGAUUGGCGCAAGCUUUCUGUUCAUUGGGCCAAUGAUGAUAGUGUUCAAGAGGCUCUUCAUGUUCGAAAGGGAACCAUUGAAAAUUGGACACGAUGCAGGGGAGACUUAUCUUUCACAUACAAUGUCUACAAUGUUGUACCAUAUCACGCCAAUCUUAGCGCCAAAGGUUAUAGGUCACUUAUAUACAGUGGUGAUCAUGAUUUGACUAUUCCUUUUAUUUCAACUGAAGCAUGGAUUGAAUCACUAAACUACUCAGUUAUUGAUAAUUGGCGAAAAUGGAUUGUAAAUGGCCAAGUUGCUGGCUACACGAAGACUUACUCUAAUAAUUUGACAUUUGCUACCGUGAAGGGAUCGGGCCAUGUCGCUCCUCUUUGGAAACCUUUAGAAUGUCUAACCAUGCUUACAAAAUGGAUAUCUUACAAACAACUAUAGGUCUUCUCAAGAAUACUGAUAACUGAAAUAGAUUAUGCUGUUUCUAGGAAGCUUGUUUCACCAUUGGAUCACAAGGAGGCAACUUCUUUGUUAUAGACUCUUGGGCUCGUCUGGUAAAGUGUAUUAGAAGAAAUAAUCCAUGUGUUAUAUGAGGUAUUAUUUAGUAUAUGAAAUUAGUAUAUGUAACGGCUAAAACAUCACAACCAAUAUGACUAGGAAAUCUUUUUGCAACAAAUUUAUAAAUCACACUACACCUAUGUAUUUCACAAUUAUCAUAAUACAAAAAUUUUUACAAAA